GAACAUUACGGCCUGAUGAUGCACUUUACAAACACAUGCACAUAUUCAGCCUGGAACGGAGUGUAUGGGAGGAUCGGAGCGACAGAGCUCAAUGAGUUCUGUCAGUAUUCCAGCCCGGGUUUUUUAACAUCCCAUUUCCCGCUUCUUGGUGAGAGAAACUCCAAUCCGAGCGAAUACAGCGAAAUUGGAGACACUUUUGUCGAAAGAGACAUGUCUCCACGCGUUUCUUCAAAGGGAGGAAAUGCGAUUAGUGGUCUGAACCAGCACUAUGAAGAGAAGGUGCGCCCAUGCAUUGACCUAGUGGACUCUCUCAGGACAUUAGGUGUUGAAAAGGACCUGAACCUGCCAGCUAUUGCUGUCAUAGGUGACCAGAGCUCAGGAAAGAGUUCUGUGUUGGAAGCCCUGUCUGGAGUGGCGCUGCCUAGGGGAACAGGUAUUGUGACACGCUGUCCUCUGGUACUGAAACUGAAGAAAAUUACAAAGGACAUCAACUGGCAUGGAUUGCUGUCAUAUAAGGAUCAAUUAAAGCAACUGAAGGACCCAGCUGAAAUCGAGAAUGCUGUCUUAAAUGCUCAGACAGCAUUGGCUGGGAAGGGAGAAGGGAUCAGUCAUGAGAUGAUCACUCUGGAGAUCGAUUCCAGUGAUGUCCCUGACCUCACACUCAUUGAUCUGCCAGGCAUUGCUAGAGUUGCCACUGGUAACCAGCCAAAAGACAUCGAGAAACAAAUAAAAGAUGUAAUUGAAAAGUUCAUUAAAAGACAAGAAACCAUCAGCUUGGUUGUGGUCCCUGCAAACAUUGACAUCGCCACCACUGAGGCUCUGCAGAUGGCAUCCAAAGUCGAUUCAACGGGACAAAGGACCCUGGGUAUUCUGACUAAACCAGACUUGGUGGACAAAGGCAUGGAGGAGACGGUGGUCAGAACAGUCAAUAAUCAAGUGAUACAACUGAAGAAGGGCUACAUGAUCGUAAAGUGCCGAGGCCAGCAAGACAUCAAUGAGAAGCUUGAUCUGGUCAAAGCGCUGGAAAAAGAAAGACAUUUUUUUGAUGAACAUGCUCAUUUCAGGUGUCUUCUUGAGGAAGGAAAAGCUACAAUACCCCUUCUUGCAGAAAGACUCACAAAAGAAUUGGUUGAACACAUUACUAAAACGCUGCCACAGUUGCAGAAACAACUUGAAAUGAAAUUAGAGAAGACGACUGAGGAUCUUAGAGCACUAGGAGAUGGAGUUCCUACUGAUGAACACGAGAAAACCAAUUUUCUGAUAACGAAAAUUCGCCGGUUCAUUGAUGCCCUUGAAGGAAUAAAGAAGGCAGAAGAAGAUCUAAGAAGCUCAGAUAUGAGGGUCUUCACCAAAGUCAGGAAGGAAUUUAAUAGAUGGAAAACUGUCCUGGAUGCCAAAACAAUAAAGACGGAGGAAACCCUCAGAGAUGAGGUAGAAGAGUAUGUUAGGACUCGUAGAGGAAGGGAGCUUCCUGGAUUUGUGAACUACAGAACUUUCGAAAACAUUGUCAAGAAACACAUUGAGGAGCUGGAGGAACCUGCUUUAAAGCUGCUCAAAGACGUCACAGACAUUGUUCACUCCUGUGUGAACCACAUUGUUAGCUCUCAUUUCAAGGCCUUCUCUCACCUAUUAAGGGCCUCCAAAGAUCCAAUUGAAGAUUUUCUUGAUGAGCAGUUUCAGAAAGCUGAGGAGAAAAUACAUUGUCAGUUUAAUAUGGAGAGGAUUGUCUACUCCCAAGAUCAUCUCUACAGCAACAAGCUUGACACUGUAAAACAAAGCCUAACAGUUGGGCAAAGGCAGUUCGUCAGUGCAGAUGUACGCGAGAUGGCACAGCAUCUCACUGCCUAUUUUAUGAUUACCUCUGACCGUCUGGCUAAUCAAGUGCCACUGAUAGUCCAGUACCACAUACUGGACCAGUACAUCUCUCAGCUUCAAAAUGCAAUGCUUGCCAUGAUUGGAAGAAACAAUCCAGGAAUGCUCCUCCAAGAAGAUUCUGAUGUUGCACGUAAAAGGAGAGAACUGAAAGAGCGACUGGAGCGUCUGAAGAGUGCUGGCAAAGUCCUGUCCAAUAACUCCGAAGAAGGCAGUGGUUCUUCGGCGCACUCCUCCAUGUCCUUCUCACUCCGCACCAUGUUUGCUCUGCGCUCGCUGUUCCGUACUGCGCAUUUCAGAUAUGCGGCCGCUGCUCAGUUUCAUGCAUCUUCAAACUGCAGUGGCACAAAAGUCGCUGUUGUGUUGUCUGGAUGUGGUGUUUAUGAUGGUACUGAAAUUCAUGAGGCAUCAGCAAUCCUUGUGCAUCUAAGUCGGGGAGGUGCAGAGGUUCAGAUGUUUGCUCCCGAUGUAUCUCAGAUGCAUGUGAUAGACCACGGCAAAGGUCAGCCAGCGGAGACUGAGUCAAGGAAUGUCUUGUCAGAAUCAGCGCGCAUUGCAAGAGGCAACAUCACUGACCUGGCAAAACUGAGUGCCAGUAAUCAUGACGCGGUCAUCUUCCCUGGAGGUUUCGGUGCAGCUAAAAACCUUUCAACAUUUGCUGUUGAUGGGAAGGACUGUAAGGUGAAUAAGGACGUGGAGCGGGUUUUAAAGGACUUCCAUAAAGCAGGAAAGCCAAUUGGGUUGUGCUGUAUAUCUCCAGUGCUGGCGGCGAGAGUUCUCCCUGGUGUGGAUGUGACGGUGGGUCACGAGGAGGAGGAAGGUGGGAAGUGGCCAUAUGCCGGUACUACACAAGCCAUCACUGCACUGGGAGCCAAACACACUGUUAAAGAAGUUACCGAAGCGCAUGUGGACCAGAAGAAUAAGGUUGUGACCACACCUGCAUUCAUGUGUGAAACAAAGUUGCACUUGAUUUUUGAUGGGAUUGGUGCUAUGGUGAGAGACGUCCUAAAGCUCAGCGGGAAGUAAAAGUUCAGUAUCUUCAUUUUCAGUACGUUGUCACUCGUAUAGGAUCUGUAUCAGACUGCAUAAAUGAAAAAAGUAGGCUAUUUCUUGCUUUGAUUUAUAGUGAUUUGCAAGACAAGACUGAAGGACUUGACAGACAUUACUAAUCAAACAUUUAUCUACCUGACAGUGUUAAAUAGUAUUUUGUUGAAUAUCCAGCAGAGGGCGCUCUCUGUUUUUGAAAAGUAAAUGUGAACUAAUUGUAGCUCUGAUAUUUUUUUUUUUCAAUUUUGAAAACUUUUAAAUUUAACUGCCAUGUGAAGGAAAGCUCAUCAGUUAAAAAACAAAAUAAAUGAAAUUGAGAUUUCAGAGUAUCAAUACAGUACACCAAUUAAAGCUUGACAUGUCAUUGUGUUCUUUAAAUAUGUUAGACACAGUGUGUGUUGAAAUAUGAAGUUUGAAAUGGAAAAUAAAGUAAAUAAUUUUCUAAAAAA